AUGGGGGUGUCCGGUUUGUCCGUGGACGUGCCAGACAGUCGGACGCGGGGACAAUCGGGACAGGGGGUGGCGGGGCCCAGGAGCCCCGGCGGCUACGGGGUUGCAUCAGGGCGGGAAGGGGCAUUUCCAGCCGCUGCGCCGCCGGGAUGGGGCCAGGGGCCGGCCAGGGGAGACGCGGGGACGGUGUCCUCGGCGAGGGGGAGUUAUCUGGCGGGAAUGCCGACGGAACUCGGCCAUGGGGCCCGAGGGAGCGGUCAGAUGGGGAGGGCUCCGCCGGGGAUGCCGGGCGGGUGGGAGCCGCCGCCGGCCAGGAGGCCACCGGCGGCGGCAGACGGCGCGGGCAGACUGUCUAGGGCGCACGUAUCGCACGAUGCCGACGACCACUUUCUCAGGUGGGACGUGUGCUGGAAGACCGACCCACUGGAUCACAACAAUCAUGCGGUGUGCGGUAUGGCCUAUUGCUCUGACAUUGAGGGCCUGCCAAAGCUGGACGAGAGCUGCACGGGGUGGCUCAUUACCUCAUCCUCUUCCCUCCUCAACCUGUGGGGCUGCAACGUGACAGCCGGCGUGGGCGGCGAGCCCUCGCUGCAGCUCCUGCACUCCCAGGAGACGCAGCUGGACAGCCUGGACAUCGUCAUCGAGACAGAAACUGGCAGCCUCUAUGGGGCGUGCUCAGGCGGUCCCCACAACAGCUCCUGCGUGGCAGUGCACUCCCUGUCCCCGACAGAGAUGUUGGCUUACAAGUUCCGCUACCCGCUACCGCCACCCGGGGGGGUCGCGGCUGGCACUGGCAGCGUGCAGGUGGGGCACGUGGUGUCCUUGCAUUCCAUGGGUGGUCACCUGCUGAAGCGCUGUGCAGUGUCAUAUGCCAACCGGGUCGCGAUCUUGGGCUCAGGGGCACCCAAUCAGCCACCCGAGAGGGCCAAGGCAGACUUCCCCUGCCACACGGCACCAGUGUCGGUUUUGCAGAAGAGCACCAGUAAGCCAGUCAUAUUCACAGGCUCAGCCGAUGGUGACAUCAGCUUGUGGAGCCUGCAGGAGAAGCCAUCAGCACCCCUCAGGAGAUUGGCUGGGCACCAUCGAAAGGUGACGGGAAUUGAGCAGGUGGCUGAGCACGCCCUGGUGACAUGCAGCAUGGAUGGCAAUGUUAUGAUCUGGGACCUCAGGAAGCCCGAACAGCCGCUGCACUCUGCCUGCCCAGACGACACACCUGUGCACAAGGUCGCAGCCUCUCCGAUCGGCGACUGCGUUGCGCUGUGCACAGCGAGCAACCUUUUCACCAUGAGUCUGGUGAACAUGAGCGGCACACUGCACAAGAUGUCUGAAAGGCCACUCCCCGGCCCGUACAGGAACCUGGCUUGGAACCGUCAAACCUUAGAGGUGUAUGCAGCGUGUGCAGAUGGAUCCAUCACUGUGUACAGAAGUGCCGUCUGA